AUGAUCUUUUACCUGGGAAUGUUGAGACAGCACAACAGAGCCAACAAACUGACUAGCCUGUCCUUUGUAGUACAUCUUGGCAAAACCCUCCCCUCUACCCCACCCCGCGCAUUCGCGCUCAACACCUACUGCACCCCAACACCACGCCAGGCGGGGCGAGCCCAGUGCUCGUGGCAGCCCCGAGGACGCGGUGCGCCCAUUGGCCAGCGCGGUUCAGGGUGGAAAACGCGGCCACCCGCCGCCGCUGCCCUCGGGAGCCAAGCGAUGGCGACGGGGGCUUGGGCUGCGGCGCCCGAGGGCUCAGCCCGAGCGGGCAGCCCCAGCGGCCCAGGCGAGAAGGCGGGCUCCGCGUCCCCGGCGAGCUCCGCGUUACCGGCGCGCUCGGUGGUGGCCUCCGCUCGCCCGGUGAAGGGCAAGGCGGGCCGGGAGGCGGCCCGGCGGCGGCUGCAGCUCCUGCCGGGGCCGAGGGCCGAGCGCCCCGAAGACUCGGUCGAGGAGGAGGAGGAGCAAGAGCCCGAUCUCUCUGGGUCUGGGGAGGAAGAGGCGCAGCCCCUGCCCCCCGUCUGCGGAUCCCCCAUCAAGGGCAUGUGGCGGGACGAGAAGGUGACGUUGUACUGCGACCAGGUGCUGCAGGACUGCAAGGCAGAAGAUGCAGAUGAAGCUAUGAGUAAAUACCUAUCAGAAAAAUUAAAGUUGAAAGACAAGUGGCUUGGAGUCUGGAAGACUAAUCCUGACUUAUUUUUUAUGAAAUACGAAGAAGCUUCUAUUCCUUUUGUUGGUAUACUGGUUGAGGUAACUUGUAAACCACACCAAAAUUCAUCCUCUUGUUUCAAAGUUACUGUUCGUGUUGUUGAGCCAUUUUCUUCAAACAUUGCGAAUAUUCCAAGGGAUUUGGUUGGUGAGAUUUUGGAGGAGCUGGAGCACAGUGUCCCUCUCCUGGAAGUGUACCCCGUUGAAGGACAAGAUGCUGAUGUGUGUGAUAUUGCUUUGGCCUUGGAAGUUGUAAGGUUUUUUUAUGACUUUCUUUGGAGAGACUGGGAUGAGGAAGAAAGUUGUGAGAAUUAUACUGCUCUGAUUGAAGAAAGAAUUAAUUUGUGGUGUGAUAUACAGGAUGGAACAAUACCUGGUCCUGUUGCACAACGUUUUAAAAAAACUUUGGAGAAAUAUAAAAACAAGCGUGUGGAGCUCAUCGAGUAUCAGAGCAAUAUUAAAGAAGAUCCAUCUGCAGCAGAGGCUGUCGAAUGCUGGAAGAAGUACUACGAGAUAGUAAUGCUCUGCGGAUUAUUGAAAAUGUGGGAAGAUUUACGCCUUCGAGUACAUGGACCUUUCUUUCCAAGAAUUCUGAGGCGUAGGAAAGGAAAAAGAGACUUUGGAAAGACUAUAACACAUAUUGUAGCGAAAGUGAUGACUACUGAAAUGGUAAAGGACUUAUCUUCUGACACACUUCUCCAACAGCAUGAUGAUUUAGACUCAGCGCUGGAUGGUUGUUACAGUGGAGAUACAGUAGUUAUAUUUCCAGGAGAAUAUCAAGCUGCAAAUCUUGCUUUAUUGACGGACGACAUCAUUAUAAAGGGAGUUGGAAAGAGAGAGGAAAUUAUGAUCAUUUCUGAACCUUCUCAUGACAGUUUUGUGGUGUCCAAAGCUGACAAUGUGAAAUUAAUGCAUCUAUCUUUGAUACAACAAGGGACGGUUGACGGUAUCGUGGUGGUGGAAUCUGGUCACACGACUCUAGAAAACUGUAUAUUAAAAUGUGAAGGAACAGGAGUGUGUGUUCUUACGGGGGCUGCUUUGACAAUUACAGACAGUGAAAUAACUGGUGCCCAGGGUGCUGGUGUUGAACUGUAUCCAGGGAGCAUAGCCAUUUUGGAAAGGAAUGAAAUCCAUCACUGUAAUAACCUCAGAACUAGCAACUGUUCAAAAAGCACCUUAGGUGGAGUAAAUAUGAAGGUCCUUCCAGCACCAAAAUUGAAGAUGACUAAUAAUCAUAUUUACAACAACAAUGGCUAUGGAGUAAGCAUUCUUCAACCAACUGAACAGUUUUUUAUUGUAGAAGAAGCUCUCAACAAAGGAGCUGCUUCAGGAGACAAAAAUGAUGAUAAAAUGCUCUCCAAAGUAAUGCAAAACUUGAAUCUGGAAAUGAAUAAUAAUAAGAUAGAAGCAAACCUAAAAGGGGAUAUCAGAAUAGUCACAAGUUAAAGUCAGAAAUAUGUCUACUAUUUCAGAAAUGUAUUUAAUAAUCCUCAUAUCCCACAGAAAUGGUAGUCUUAAUUAAAUUCAAAG